UGGAAAAUUCUCACAUGUGUUUUGGAAUUUUUUUGAUGAGAGAAAUUUGUAGAAUAAUAAUUUGAAAUGGCAAGCAAUUCAUUAAAAAUUUUGGUUGCCGGUAGCGUUAAAGGUCAAUAUGAAAAAUUUUUCAAACGUGUCUCAGAUGUAAAUCGAAAAGCUGGUCCAUUCGAUUUAUUGCUUUGUGUGGGUGAUUUUUUCGGUGAUGAUAUCGAUGCUUAUAAAGAACUGAUAAAUGGCUCGACGGAAUUGCCAAAUACACCCACCUAUAUCCUCAGUCGUAUUCCUCAUCAACAACUGCUACAAUUUCAUCCAAAUAUAGAUAAUUUUGAUCAAGGAUGUGAGUUAAUCGACGGUGUUACAUUUUUGGGUCGUUCUGGUAUUCUAACAACAAGUCUUGGUCUUCGAAUUGCUUAUUUGAACGGACGAUAUCGAAAAUCAUCAGCCGACAAUAACGAUGAUGAUAAAGACCUUGAUUUUUUCAGUGAAAAAGAAUACGAAUCAUUGAUUAUGUCUUGCCAAAGUUCAUCCGAUAUUAUUGAUGUGCUGUUAACAAUUGAAUGGCCCAAACACAUUUUCAAUCAUGCCGGUAUUGAUGUCGAUGAUUCUAUUUUGACUAUGAUCGAGAAAUCUAAUUCCAUGAAAAUAUCUCAACUAUGUAACUCAUUAAGACCUCGUUAUCAUUUUGUGGGCGGUCUUGUCGAUUGGUUUUAUGAACGUGUACCAUAUCGAAAUCAUAAAGUAUUAAUUGAAACCUCUCGUAAUGUUUCAAGAUUUUUGUCAAUGGCAAAUAUUGAUAAUGUAAAAAAAAUGAAAUGGAUUUAUGCAUUCAACAUAGUUCCUAGUCGAUAUCUUACAGCGCAAGAGAUAACCGCACAACCGACUGGUGUGAGUGAAAAUCCUUAUCGCAAUGCUUUACAAGAACAAAGUGAACAAGAUGCCUUUGAACAAGAUCAUUCGAAUCAAUUCCGUUAUGAUCUUAGCCAUGAUCAUGGUGAUGGUGAUAGUGGCCGAAGAUCCAAUGAUAAACGUAAACGUCAUGGUCAUCAACAAGAUCAACAACAACAACAACAAAAUCGGCAGCCAAAAGAGAGAAGAACAAACAAUUCUGUUGAUCAGCAAAACUGUUGGUUUUGUUUAGCUAGUCCAGAUGUAGAUAAAUCAUUAAUUGUAUCGAUUGGUGAUCAUUCCUAUUUAGCAUUAGCUAAAGGUGGUUUAACCGAUGAUCAUAUGAUGAUCUUACCAAUCGAACAUAUACGAUCUACUGUAGAAAUAAAUAAUGAUGGUCUUCAUGAAGAGAUAAACAAAUUUAAACAAGCCUUGACAAAAUUUUAUCAACAAAAAUCAAUGGUUCCGGUAUUUUUUGAACGAAAUUUUAAAAGUGCGCAUUUCCAAAUACAAGUAUUAGGAUUACCUGAAACAAAGACAUCAUUUUUACGGGAAGCAAUUGACGAAAUAUUUAAACCAUUCAAAUAUUUUGAAUUAAAUUCAAACGAAGAACUUAAUGAAAUUAUCAACCAAAAUGUACCAUAUUUUUAUUUCGAAUGUCCAAAUCAUUAUAAAUUCGUUGUACGUAUACAAGUGAAGCGAGAAUUUUUUCCCAUACAAAUCGGUCGACAAUUGAUGGCUCAUAAAUUAUUACUGAAUUGUCCGGAACGUAUUGAUUGGAAAUAUUGUGCGAAAAAUUCUAAAAAAUCCGCUGCUGAAUUAACUCGUACCAUACGGGACAGUUUUCAACCAUUCGAUUUCACAUUAUAAUUUAGUUUCAAAAAAAAUCGCCAUCGACAUCAACGGUAAUCAUAAAACGGGAAGAGAAAAAAAAAUACUCGAUCGACAAUCUUUUUACCAUCAUCAUCAUCAUCAUCAUCAGUAACAGUAACAAAUAAAAACGUAAAUCAGUGGAAAAAAUUCUUUUUUCAACAGAAUCGCGAAAAAAAACUCAAAUUACAAUUUCAGAUUGCUAAGAAAUGUUUCCAUUUUUUUUGGUGGUAUAAAAAUUUCGGCUUAUGGCCAUCACCAUUCACAAUUACCAACACAAAAAAAUAACCUAACCAUACCGAUUCCUAAACCGAUUGUAUGUGUUAGGAAUUACAAGUAUUUUUUCUUUUUCUUUUUUUCACUGACUUCAAACUGUAACUAAAAUGAAAUUUAUUUAUUUUUUUGUUUUGUUUCUUUCAAACUCAAUUUUCAAUGUUGUUGGUGAAAUGACGAACAAAAAUA